GCUACGUAUGUUUUUUUAGACUCAGCGCGGGAGAUAUCCUGGUCUAUGUGGAUGUCGGCUUUGCUGUGCGUAAUUUGCAGUUAUUUCCAGUUUUAUAGCAAGUAUUGCAACGAAUAACUCGGGAGACAACAUGCAGAGAAGCAUCGCAUCCUUCUUUAAGCCCAAGAGCAAGGAGAAGGACGUCAAGAAGAUAAGCGAUGAGCCUGUAAAAGAACCAGUCAAAAGCCCCCUUAAGGUGCAGAAUGGAGUCCAGGAAGCUGAUUCACCGGUCAAGAAGGUCGUCAAGCGCAGCCGUCAAAUACUGGACAGCGACGAUGAUGAAGCACCUGUCGUAAAAGAGCAGGUCACUCCCAAAGGUCAAGCAGACAAAGCGGGCCUGCUGAGAAAGGAAAAGGACAAUGAGAUCAAGGCUGUUCCCACACAGCUGUCCCCUCCCCCUGUCCCGGUCAUCCCCACCACCUCUACUACACCUGGGACCCCUGACACAGCCACCUCCGUCUCCCCCUAUGGGAUCCCCAAACGUAAAACAGCGAGGAAGAUGUUCCUCAAGAGAAAGCUGAAUGAGGACAGGAGUGGAGAGGAGAGUCAGGAGGAGGAAGAGAAGAAGGUGCCAGAGGCCAAGGAGUCAUGUGAACAACAAAGCAAAAGACCCCGCGUGGAGAGCCCUGCCGGCAGCAAGACUGGGAACAACAGUGAACCUAUGGAGGAGGGAGCAAAGGAAGGAGUUGAAAAGGCAGUGAUUGAAUCAAAUGGGGCAGAGGAGAAGAAGAGGCAGGACGAAGGGAAGGAGGAGGAGAUGACGGAAAAUAACUCUGAACAAAAGGGAACAAAGGACCAUGAGCUCAAAGAGAAGGAUGAGAAGGAUGAAGAAAAAGGACCCGUCGUCGCCAAAGAGGUGGAGGUUGAAAAGGAUGCAGGAGAGGGAAAAGGGAGCCUGACGAGUCAUACAGCAAACGAGCAGAAAGAAGCAAAAGAGCAGAGAGAUAAGGACUCGACCAAGAAAGCGCCCAUCAGCAGUUUCUUUGCUCCCAGGAAAGCUACUGCGAAGAUGGAGAAACCAAAGGACAAGAAUGAAGGAGAGAAAAAGAGGAGUGCAGAGAAGAGACAGACCGAGGAGAGGAGUGCAGUGGAGGAGAGCAAAGUGAAGAAAGGCAUGAAGUCAGAUUAUGACCCGUCCAGGCCUAACUACCACCCUGUGGAUCACGCCUGCUGGGGGCUGGGACAGAAAGUGCCUUACUUGGCUUUAGCGCGCACCUUUGAAAGGAUAGAAGAGGAUUCUGGAAGGCUAAAGAACAUUGAGACGCUGUCUAACCUGCUCCGCUCCGUGCUAGUGCUCUCACCAGACGACUUGCUAUGCUGUGUAUACUUGUGUCUGAACCAGCUGGGGCCGGCCUACCUGGGAAUGGAGCUGGGUGUGGGAGAGACUGUGCUCAUGAAAGCUGUUGCCCAAGCAACUGGGCGACAAUUGGACAAAAUCAAGGCAGAGGCGCAGGAGAAGGGGGAUUUGGGCCUGGUGGCGGAGAGUUCCCGUAGCAACCAGCGCAUGAUGUUUCAGCCGGCCAAUCUAACAGCAGGGGGCGUGUUCCGCAAAUUGAAAGAAAUUGCCAACAUGGGUGGCAACUCGGCCAUGAAUAAGAAAAUUGACAUCAUCAAAGGCCUCUUUGUGGCGUGUCGCUUCUCUGAGGCCCGCUACAUAGUCAGGUCCCUGGCGGGAAAGCUGAGAAUAGGCUUGGCUGAGCAAAGCGUCCUGGCAGCACUGAACCAGGCUGUCUGCCUGACCCCACCUGGACAAGAUUUCCCCCCCACUGUCAUUGAUGCAGGAAAGGGGAUGAGUGCCGAGAGUAAGAAAGCCUGGAUUGAAGAGAAAAGUCUUAUUCUCAAACAAACCUACUGUGAGAUGCCCAAUUAUGACAUCAUCAUCCCAGUUCUGCUGAAGGAGGGCAUUGACCAGCUUCCCAAUCACUGCAAGCUCACCCCAGGUGUACCGCUGAGACCCAUGCUGGCACAACCCACCAAAGGUGUUGGAGAGGUGCUGAAGAGGUUUGACGAGGCAGCAUUCACCUGCGAGUACAAAUACGACGGGGAGCGAGCGCAGAUCCACAUCCUGGAGAGUGGUGAGGUGCGAAUAUUCAGCCGUAACCAAGAGGACAACACCAGCAAGUACCCUGAUAUCAUCUCUCGCAUUCCCAAGGUGAAGAAGGGCUCAGUGACAUCAUGUGUGUUGGACUCUGAGGCUGUGGCCUGGGACAGGGAGAAGGGACAGAUCCAGCCUUUCCAGGUCCUCACCACCAGGAAGAGAAAGGACGUGGAUGCCUCUGAGAUCAAAGUGCAAGUGUGUGUGUAUGCCUUCGACCUGCUCUAUCUCAACGGCGAGUCCUUAGUUCGUCAGCCGUUGUCACGGCGCCGGGCUCUGCUGAAGGAGAACUUCUCAGAGGUGGAGGGAGAGUUUGUGUUCGCCAGGUCCAUCGACUCUAACAGCACAGAAAACAUUGCAGAGUUCCUGGAGCAGUCUGUCCGAGACUCCUGCGAGGGUCUGAUGGUGAAGACUCUUGAGAAAGAUGCCACCUAUGAAAUUGCUAAGCGAUCCCAUAACUGGCUCAAGUUAAAGAAGGACUACCUGGACGGGGUAGGCGACACGGUUGACCUGUGUGUGAUUGGGGCAUACCUAGGGAAGGGCAAGAGAACGGGGACGUAUGGAGGCUUCCUGCUAGCCUGUUAUGAUGAUGACAACGAGGAGUUUCAGUCUGUCUGCAAGAUUGGGACGGGCUUCAAGGAUGAAGAUCUGGAGCAGCAUUACAAGUUCUUAAAGGAGCACAUUCUACCUAAUCCCCGGGCCUACUACCGUGUCGACCAAUCAGCUGAGCCUGACGUUUGGCUUGACGCCAUGCAGGUGUGGGAAGUCAAGUGUGCUGACCUAUCACUAUCACCCAUCUACAAGGCUGCAAUGGGAUUGGUGGACCCAGAGAAAGGCAUCUCUCUCAGGUUCCCGAGGUUCCUUCGAAUCAGGGACGACAAGAAACCCGAGGAGGCCACGACUGGAGCGCAGAUGGCUGAUUUCUACAAGAAGCAGCAGCAAAUCCAGAAUCAGGGAGAAAAGGCUGAGCUUGAGGACUACUACUGAUCGUCCCUGCAACACUCAGCAGAGAACGACCAAGGAGGAAAUCAAUACAAUUGUACAUAGUUUUGUUCUAAUGUUGAAAGGAAAA